ACACACACACACACACAGGCAGAGGGAGAAGCAGGCUCCAUGUAGGGAGCAAAGGCAGACAUUUAACUGACUGAGCCCUACAUGCACCCUCCCCUAGGCAGGUCUAUUUAUGGGCAAGCAGAGAAGCCUGAGUUAGAGAUAAAGAUUUGGAAGCUCUGAGUUGAUAGAUGGUGGCUGAAGUCACAGACGUUCAUGAGAUGGCUCAGGAGACCGUGUACGUGGAGAGAGGAGAAUGAGGAGUUGCCAGAUACAGACUCCGAAUAGUUGAGCCACCAAAAGUGCCUGUGGAAGAAGCACCCAGCCCUGAUGAUGAUGGCCCAGCUCUUGAGCCCAACCUGUGGAUGUGGGUAAACCCCAAUAUCGUGUUUCCCCCUGGAAAGCUGGAGGUCCCAGAAUCUCCCAAGUGGGAGGAUCUGCCGAGCACGCUUCCCUUCGCUCAGCCACCCCUGAAAGAGGAAGACUUCACCAACAGCUCUGAGACCACAGCAGUGGAGUCGCUGCCUUCCUCCAGCGAGCAGUCUCCUCCUCGGAAGCGGAAGCGGGUGGCUUCUUCCCCCAGCACCUGGGAGCUCACAGAAGAGGAGGAGGCUGAGGACCAGGAUGACAGCUCCUCUGUGGCCCUCCCGUCCCCUUACAAAAGGGCCCCCCUCCAGAGUCGGAGGCUCCGGCAAGCCAACAGCCAGGAGGGGAGGCUCUGGUCCCGGCCCCCCCUCAAUUACUUCCACCUAAUUGCACUGGCAUUAAGAAACAGUUCCCCCUGUGGCCUCAACGUGCAACAGAUCUACAGUUUCACUCGACAACAUUUCCCCUUUUUCCGGACGGCCCCGGAAGGCUGGAAGAAUACCGUCCGCCACAACCUCUGCUUCCGAGACAGCUUUGAGAAGGUGCCGGUCAGCAUGCAGAGUGGGGUGAGCCCGCGGCCCCGCUCCUGCCUCUGGAAGCUGACUGAGGAGGGACACCGCCGCUUUACCGAGGAGGCCCGUGCCCUGGCCUCCACCCGCCUGCAAAGUAUCCAGCAGUGCAUGAGCCAACCGGAUGUGAUGCCCUUCCUCUUCGACCUUUAAUUCAAGAAGCAGGAGUCAGCUCAUCCCUUAUUAAAGUUACCUGCAGCA